AUGAAUUUCUUUCAGCACCAGAAUGCCUUACAAUUCGAACCUACUGUCAUGAGGCACAUCUCGCAAGACAAUGUCGUAAAGUCUACAGACGUGGUUAAUGUUAUAUCUACAAUAUGUGCCAUAGGAUUCAUCGUAUGCUUGCCUGCCAGAUUUUGGCAGCUUCGUACUUCUCGCGCGAAAAAUGUUUUGCGAUGGCAAGGCUGCUCAAAAGCAACCCUUGCAAUACUGCUAUCUUUUCUUCUGCUGGCCUAUGUUGUCACAGUAAAUGUGAAGCAUGAAGUAGUUCUCGUCAUCUCUCUGUUAGCUUCAUCAGGUGCUGCAUUUGGGUUGAGUCUGCUUUUGGUGCUUGAGAACAAACGAUCUCUGAAGCCGUCAGAUUUAGCUGUUCUUUAUCUUGUGCCAUCAAUCAUAUGCGAUGUUCUUCUUCUUACAAUGCCUCCGAAAAUUCGGGCAUUGUCUAGAGCCUCACAUCCAGUACUUGCUCGGUGUGUCAUACACUCAGCUCUCUUAGUACUCGAGAGUUGUGAUAAAUGCCCUUCACUUAGCAACUCUAGCAAUCUUCAAUCCCCAGAAGAAUCACAUGGCGUGCUGAGUAGGGUGCUAUACACUUGGAUAAACCCCAUCUUGCUUCAAGGAUAUACAAAUAUCCUCAUUGACCAAGAUUUGCCACCUCUCAGUCAAGAUAUGAAGCCAGAGUUUACAAGGAAGACAAUGCUUCAAACCUGGUCCCGUCGAGAACUAGCCAAGCCUGAAACGAAGUAUAGCCUACCUUUGGCGUUGAUGAAAUGCUUGAAACACCCAUUUUUGGCUGCUAUCAUGCCGCGACUGUUCUUGAUUGCCUUUCGGUAUUCUCAACCUCUCCUAAUAAAAGAAUCGAUCCAAUAUGUCGUGGCAUAUUCUAUCGAGGAAGAAAGUAGCCGUGGUUUUUGGCUUGUUGUAUCAGCCGUGGCUAUUUACGUUGGCCUUGCUUUAUCAACAGCUGUGUACCAGCACCGCAUAAAUAGACUGAAGCUCAUUACCAGAGGGACUCUUGUGGGGUUAAUUCAUGCAAAGACUAUGGUGUCUCCCAGCAUUGCUUAUGACAAUGGCGAGGCGACCACACUUAUGAGUGCAGAUGCAGAUAGUCUGGACGGAAUCGCUGAGAUGGUUCACGAGACGUGGGCUCAAGUUAUUGAAGUUUUUAUAGGCGUAGGACUUCUCGCUACCCAAGUUGGCUGGAUCUGGCCUCUUCCACUUUUCCUUAUCUAUUUAUGUUCACACAUGAGUCGAUUUGUUGCGAAGCAUUUACAACCUCGUCAAAAAGCCUGGAAUGCGGCAACUCAAAGUCGUAUAGGAGCUACCAGUUCAUUGAUAAGUUCCAUGAAGGUUGUUAAGAUGAUUGGGCUCCAACAUAAUCUUACCCACCGAGUGCAGCAACUUCGAAAAGAAGAGCUAUGGGUGGCCUCGAAGCUUCGAUGGGUCAUGGUAUACUACAACGCAUCUGCCAAUGCACUGGGAAUAUUUUCCCCAGCGAUUACACUGGCUCUAUUCGCUAUCAUAUCACAGGCCAAUGGAGUUAAGCUCGAUCCCACGACUGCAUUCCCAACCAUGGCAAUCUUGAGUAUGAUUACCCACCCAGCAAACAUGGUCAUGACAAUUGUACCGCGUGCAGUGGCGGCUUUUGCUGGGUUUGAAAGAAUUCAAUCGUUCUUGCUCCGUCCAUCUUUACAAAACAAUCGCGGGGUACUGCCGAAACUUACUCAAAGUGAAGUGGCAUUCAGCCAUUCCACAAAGCCCAAUCUCGCACUUCAAAUUCAACAGUUGAAGAUAGGUGACAAACAGAAUGUUCUUGACAAUAUCAACAUUGAAGUGCGCGCAACAUCUUUCGUUAUAAUCUCGGGUCCCACCGGUAGCGGUAAAUCAACUUUAUUGCGCACUAUAAUUGGAGAAGUAAUACCUGCCCGGGGAUCAAUUGCUUUAUCAACAAGAAAGAUAGCAUACUGUGCUCAACGACCCUGGCUACCAAGUGGUAGUAUCAAAGAGGUUAUCUACGGUGCUAAUGACAUUGAUGGUGCUAUUAAUCAAGACCAUGAGGAAUGGUACAAUACUGUUACAGAAAUGUGCUGUCUCACUCAUGAUUUUGAUACCCUGCCAGAUGGGGAUCAGACACAGAUUGGUAGCAGAGGACUUAAUUUGUCUGGAGGUCAAAGACAGCGUGUGACACUAGCGCGCGCAUUAUUCUCAAGGUCGGACAUAUUAUUACUAGAUGACACUUUUAGCGGAUUAGAUGGUGAUACUGAGCAAACCAUAUUUGAUAAUUUAUUCGGAUCCAAUGGCCUAGUGAAACGGUUGAAGAUUACUGUCAUCCUGGUUUCUAAUUCUACUCAGUACUUUCAAUCAGCAGAUCAUGUAGUUGUUUUGGGGGACCAUGGAAUAAUAGAUCAAGGUAACUGGCAAAGUAUCAAAAUCAAAGCUGGCUCCAUAGCAAAGUUCUCUUCUGGAAACCACGUCAAAGAUAAUGCCGCAGUGGCGGCAGCUUUUGCAAAACUUAACGCCCAGGUUCGAGCAAAAGACGAAGCUGAAAUUGACCUUGCAAGACAGAGCGGAGAUUCAGCUCUGUAUGGAUACUAUCUAAACUUUGUCGGCUCAAAGAACUUUUUUCUCCUUAUCGCCUGCACAGCAUCAUAUGCCUUCUUCAUUACCAUCCCUCAAUACUACUUGCAGUUUUGGACCGAGCCAAGUGGCGGAAAUACCCUAUUUUGGGUCCUUGGAUUUUUGUUUCUAUCAUUCAUGUCGUGGAUCACGACAAGCAUUCAGAUGUGGGUCGUUCUUAUACAAUUGGCAUCGCAAUCUGGAUCCCGAAUACACGAACGGCUUUUGCAUAUCGUAACGAGCGCAUCUUUGUCAUUUUUCUCCCAGACCGGCAAUGGUUCCAUCUUGAAUAGGUUCAGUCAAGAUAUCCAGCUAGUGGACAAGCAAUUGCCACCAGCCCUUCAGACCAUUAUAACUCAAAUUUUCAAGCUCCUGAUGCAAGUCAUAUUACUUUUCGUUGCCCAGAAAUGGCUCACAGUAUCCCUACCAGCUUGCGUGCUUGUUGUCUACAUCGUCCAAAAAGUCUAUCUCCGCACCUCUAGACAGCUUCGUUUCCUAGAGCUAGAGGCUAGGGCAGGAGUUUUCUCAAGUUUAUUAGAAUCUGUCGAGGGUCUCGAAACAAUACGCUCAUUUGGCUGGUCAAAUGCAGUAAUAGAGGAUAAUAUCACAAAUGUGGAUAACGCUCAACGUCCCGAAUUUCUCCUUCUGUGUCUCCAGAGAUGGCUCAACAUCGUCUUGGAUCUUCUAGCAGCUACCGUCGCGACCAGUGUUAUUGCUUUAGCUGUAGCAUAUCGCGAUCGUGUUAGUGGUGCGCAAGUUGGAAUCGCGCUCAAUAUCAUGCUCGUGGCAAACACAACCUUGCUGAAACUCGUAGAGAGCUGGACGACGUUAGAAAUCUCUCUUGGGGCUAUUGCUCGCUUGAGAACACUUGAAAAUAUGACACCCCGUGAGGCUGGAAUGGCUCAGACCUUGGAGCCUGUAGAAUCCUGGCCGUCGAAAGGAAAUGUCGAGUUUAAGAAUAUCACUGCAUCUUACCUAUCCGACGCGGCAGCUCUCAAAAACCUAAGUCUGAGUAUCACCUCGGGCCAGAAAAUUAUCAUCUGUGGACGCACAGGCAGUGGCAAAAGCACUCUUCUCCUGACGCUCCUGCGUCUUCUUGAGUUACAAUCCGGUCAGAUCAUGCUCGACGACGUUGACAUCAAGAAAGUUGGACUUGAUAUUCUUCGACAACGCUGCUUCAUCACCGUCUCGCAAGAUCCAUUACUUCUCUCAAACGAAACCUUACGAUUCAAUCUAGAUCCAGAUGCCUCAUUGUCCAACGAAACUUUGAUCGCCUCGCUAAAAAGAACAGAACUUUGGUCCUUCCUCCAAGGAGCAGCCGGAACAGACGAUAUCCCGGAAACAGCAUCAGGCAUUACACCCUACAACGACCACCCAAUUCUCGACAAGCCCCUCUCAUUAUUCCCAGAGCUAUCUGUCGGCCAAGGCCAACUUCUCGCUCUCUGUCGCGCUCUUGUCAAAGCCCAGACAGCUCAACAUGUUGGUCGCAAACCCGUCGUGUUAUUAGAUGAAGUUACUUCUUCUCUGGACUCCGUUACCGAAUCAAUCAUCCAUGGUAUUAUCGAUGAUGAGUUUACCCAAAAGGGACAUACAGUUAUAUGUGUAGCGCAUCGAAUUGAAGUAUUAGCGAAGCAUACGGAGCCGGGGAGAGUAGUGGUGGUAUUAUUGAGCAAUGGGAGAUUGCACGAAGUUAUUACGGAUUUGAAUGAGGGGAUUUUGGAAAAACUUGGGAGAUUGGACUGA